GUUUAUUCAAGGAGAGCUUUGCUGAGAGCUGGAGCACGCCAGCAGUGGGGCUCGCGGCCACCCAGAACCUGCCCAGACAGGAGGCUGCGGCCCAGGACUGUGUGGCUGGUGGGGGCCAGGGUGAGCCAGGCCUGGGGCUGCCCCGUCCUUGCCUCCCUGGGCCCAUGAGCAUCAACGUCUCUAUAGAGACCAAGGACCCUGGAUUCCUCCAGUGACAGGGGUUUGGCCUCUGGACAGAGAGGUCCCAGAUGUUACAGGUCGGCGCCCUCCAGACCCCCAAGGACUGUACUCACCGCCCAGAAAUAGCUGCUGCCUCUGGGCAACCUUGUAGGCACCUUCUCCACCCAGGACAUGGGCACCCGUGACGAUGUCCCUGAAGCCAAGGUCCUGGUCCCCGUGGCCGUGUACUGCGGGAGCAUCCCUCGGACCAGUGCUGGGCCCCGGGUGCUCCCGCCUGGAAGCAUCAACUCCAGUCUGCCUCAUGGAGAAGGUUCCCUCCAGCCUGAGCCAAGAGCCCUGCUGAACAACGAGGAACCGUCACAGCUCCUGAGUGGACUCGGACGGCUGGGUGGCCUCAAGCUGGACACCCCUUCCAAGGGCUGGCAGGCAAGGAAUGGUCACCCCAGGAACCUCGGGGCCUUGUCUUUGGGAGCCCAGCCCCUGGUGCUCCUCCCUUCUCCGGAGUCAGAGGCCAACAGCGUGGCCAGGGACACCAUCCAGAUUAAGGACAAGCUCAAGAAAAGGAGGCUCUCAGAGGGCUUGGCAGCAUCUUCCCGAGCCUCUCUAGAUCCAGGGGCAGGCCCCCAAGGAGUUCCCCUGCGCAGCACCAUCCCCCAAGCCGCCUCUCAGAGGCUGCUGAGAGUGCCCAGGCCGAUGCCUCCCAUCCAGAGCAUCCCUACCACCCCCGAGGCCAGUGGAGUCAAAGAGAAGGGCCUGGACCCGCCACGGAGCAUUCCAGGUCCUCACGAGUUAAGACCCGGUGCUCAGGAGGCGCAGAUCUCCCGGCAAUACCUGCACUGCAAUGAUGAGAAGAUGCGGAAGUCCCUGGGCGGCAUCAUGAUCCCACCCAUUCCAAAGGCCAGGACAGUUGCAGCGACCCCCUCCCGUGUGCCUGGCUCCCUUCCCAGCCCAUUACCUCCAGGCCAGGGAGUCCUCAUGGGCCUGAGAGCCCCACGCACGCGAUUGGCUCGGGAGAGUGGGCCUCGGGAGAAGACCCCUGCAUCUCUGGAGCCAAAACCUUUGGCCUCACCCAUCAGAGACAGGCCUGCCGCUGCCAAGAAGCCUGCCCUGCCUUUUUCUCAGUCUGCUCCCACGCUGACAGCCUUCUCCUUUGACCGUGCCAAAGAAGCCUGCCCUCUGCUGAAAGAAGAGGACCAGAAGAAGAUCGGCACCAAGAUCCAAGUCACCAUCUCCAAGUCUGCCCGGGAGAAGAUGCGGCUGAAGCAGAUGAAGGAGAUGGAGCUGCUCUGGAGGCUGGAGGAGCCCAGGACAGGGCAGGAGCUCACUCCUCAGGGCCUGGGCUCCCAGAGAGCCUUCAUGAAGGAAGGCCUCCUUCCUCUCCGGGGCAGCGGGACCCUGUCUGUGCCCACUAGGCUGAGCGGCUCACGCAGAAAUGACGUCAGCAUCAUCCUGAGGAAGUGGGCCAGCCGGGCCUCCCUGCCCAGCAUCCCCGUCAGCCUGCAGGAGCCCUGCUUUGCCCGCCACGCCUCAGCUAACUCAUUACCUGCGGUGCUCACGGUGGGGUCUCCUGAAUGGGAAGAAGAGGAGGAGAUGGAUCUUAGAGCCUGUAAGGAGUUGAGGCCUUUCUCGAAUCCGGAGCUGGGGCUGAGGGAUGCACUCCAGUGCCUCAACAGCAGUGACUGGCAGAUGAAGGAGAAGGGUCUGGUGAGCAUCCAGCGCUUGGCAGCCUGUCACUCGGAGGUCCUCACCGGGAGGCUGCACGACGUGUGCUUGGCGGUGACUGGGGAGGUCACCAACCUGCGGUCCAAGGUGUCUCACCUGGCCAUCAGCACCUUGGGAGACCUCUUCCAGGCCUUGAAGAAGAAUAUGGACCAGGAGGCCGAGGAGAUCGCCCGCUGCUUGCUGCAGAAGAUGGCGGACACCAACGAGUUCAUCCAGAGAGCAGCCGGCCAGUCUCUGAGGGCUAUGGUGGAGAAUGUGACCCUUGCCCGUUCCCUGGUGGUCCUCACCUCAGCGGGUGUCUACCACCGGAACCCCUUGAUCCGGAAAUACGCGGCUGAGCACCUCUUAGCUGUGCUGGAGCAGAUCGGCGCUGAGAAGCUUCUCUCAGGCACCAGAGACAGCACAGACAUUUUGGUGCACAAUCUGGUGAGGCUGGCCCAGGACUCCAACCAGGACACCAGAUUUUAUGGCCGGAAGAUGGUGAAUAUCUUGAUGGCGAACACUAAGUUUGAUGCAUUUCUGAAACAAUCUCUCCCAUCUUACGACUUGCAGAAGGUCAUGGCAGCCAUUAAACAGUGGGGAAUAGAAGAUAAUGAUGAACUUCCCUCUGCCAAAGGCCGCAAGGUGUUGAGGAGUCUGGUGGUGUGUGAGAACGGGCUGCCCAUCAAGGAGGGGCUCAGCUCCAAUGGCCCAAGGCUGGUGGGGUUGCGCUCCACACUGCAGGGCCGUGGGGAGAUGGUGGAGCAGCUACGGGAGCUGACGCGGCUGCUGGAGGCCAAGGACUUCCGGUCCCGGAUGGAAGGCGUGGGGCGGCUCCUGGAGCUCUGCAAGGCCAAGCCCGAGCUCGUCGCUGCCCACCUAGUCCAGGUCUUUGAUGCUUUCACCCCAAGGCUUCAGGAUUCCAACAAGAAAGUGAACCAGUGGGCACUGGAGUCCCUCGCCGAGAUGAUCCCCCUCCUCAAAGAGAGCUUACACCCCAUGCUGCUGUCCAUCAUCAUCGCUGUUGCAGACAACCUCAACUCCAAGAACGCGGGGAUUUACGCUGCUGCCGUGGCUGUGCUGGAUGUGAUGGUUGAGAGCCUGGACAACCUUUGCCUUCUACCAGCGUUUGCUGGGCGAGUGCGUUUCCUGAGUGGCCGUGCGGUUCUGGAUGUCACGGAUCGCCUGGCAGUGCUGGUGGCCUCAGUUUACCCCCGGAAGCCUCAAGCUGUAGAGCGGCAUGUCCUUCCCAUCCUCUGGCACUUCCUGAACACCACCACCAGGAAUGGCACGCUGCCUGGACCCAGCGGGAACAUCCGUGGGGUGGUGUGCCGGCUGUCCAGGAGCCUCCAGGAGCACAUGGGCUCCCGCCUGCUGGAAUUUGCCGCCAGCCAGCCAAAGCACGUCCUCAAGACACUCCAGGAACUCUUAGACUCAGAGUCCUUGGGAGGCAGCCGCAAGGCCACUGACACAGGGGUGGCCCCUGACAGAAAGACAACUGGCAGCUCAUACCCUUUUCAGCUGGAUUAAAGAUGGAUCUGAAAUGGGCAAUUAUUAUUUAUCUUAUUUUUAUGAUGGAAUAUUCUCCUGGUUACUUUCCCCCUUAGAGUUCCAGAUGUACAUGGUAUAUUUUGAAGUAGAAAUAAAGGAAUUACUUAUUUUUCUAA